ACAUGUCAACGUUGUGUGCAAACGGCCACCUCUGUGAAUACUGCAUUUGACACUAUCCGGUCCGCGUUGCUGUCGUGUAGUGUGUUUCGGGUGCUCCUGACAUGGAGAGCCAGCCUCUGCGGGAGCUACUGGUUCAAAGCCAUGCCGUCCAUGUUCAGAACCCAGACGUCGAAGAACUCAGGACGGAUUUUUUCCACAAAGCAUGUGGCUUCUUUCUUUCCUGCAGUAGCCCAGGUGACCACAUUCUCUGCAGCAACCCAGACAUCGCCGUGGAAGUCCUGGGGUUGUUCUCACUCCAAGAUAUAUCGGGCACGCCAGUGGAAACAGUUGUUACACGGCUGGCCGCGGAACUGAACUGCUGCCGGUCCUGCGUGGACACAUACCAGUCCGCCAAAGAUGCCUUUUACUGCCGGUACAUCAGUCUAUACGGCGAAGCCUUGAUUGACGCCUUUAUGAAACGUCUUCAUGAGUGGGACCUUAUGCGCCAGUAUGAGAGGUUGGGUCAUUACGUCACCGAGCUGCGGUCGUUUCGCAACAGCCCAGGCCGGGAAUGGAAGAAGGCGCGGAGGGCGGCUACGAUAUUAAUGUAUGAGAUCUUAUCGUAUCCGGAAACUCUGCGAAAUUCUGAAGUGGACGCACUGUGGGUGGCACUGUUCCACGAGAUUAGUGCUAUCCCAGACAGCUCUCCGCUUGAGCUCCGCGGUAAAUAUCUCAUGCCAGGCAGCAUUAUGUUGGCGUCUCAUGCCGAUACAGAUAUGAGAAUGUGGGCUCAGUCUGCCAUCAGGAAAUCAUCUGCCAGGAUUACGUUGGAAUGUUUGGAAAAGAAUGAGAUGGUUCGCUCCCUUAUCCUCGAUCUAUUACUGCUACUUGGUGAUCCGGAUCUUUUGAGAGCUAGAGUAACUGCCUAUCGAUACACUGAUCAGAUCCCCGAGCUAUGGAAAGCGUUGGCCGUGGUGCUGUGGUCAAUGGAGGGCCCCGCAUAUAGCGUGUUGGAAAAUUUGGAAAAGAAUGCCAGAGUUGAUUUGAAUGAAUUGAUUAUUUCGCACCUCUCAACUGCAGUUGAGGAGUUUUGGGAAACAUUGGAGUGUUUUGUGCUCUUAGCUACCAGAAGACCGUCGCUUUGGUCGUCUUUGAAUGCGGAUAGAGCACUCACACUCUGCAAGUCAAUCCUUCUUAAUGCGAAGUUUCAGGCCUGCGUUAGAAGCGACUCAUGCGUGGAGCGCCUUUCGAUCUGUGUCAGUUGGGUGGGAACGCUAAUUAGAAGCUCAUUUGGCGAGGAUAUCCUACCUGAAAUUCUGAAUAACUCAACUGAAUGGUGUAGCGCUGCUCAACAGAGAUUGGACUCUCUGCUACUUAGCAUUUUGCAAAGCUUCAAUGAGCACUCCACUAUGAAGGCGUCCUUGGCAUGUAGAAUUGGGACUUCAGCGCUGACAAGAUUCAGCACCGCGUCAUCAAGUUCAGCACAGAUCAUUGGCAGCAUGGUGCAUCUGCUUCGAAACGGUGGUAACGACGCUGAGAUGAUAGUCCUGGGUGUGCAAGCCCUCGAAUUUUUCUCAGCGUACCUUGUCGAGCAAAUGACUGCAGGCACUCUGCACGCCACCGCUUGGAUGGAUUCAUUCAUGCUACCUGCAUGUUUAUUGUCGGCGGGAAUACGAUGGGCAAAGGCUGGUGUGGGGCCGACUUCGAAGAUUAGCGAUCUGAUUCUGAAAACGCUUUCUGCUACGGAGCUGUCGAUCGAGCUUUUCUCUAGUAAGCUGCAUGCUAAGGAAAUGGAAACCUAUCCAUUUCAGGAGACUUUCAGCGGUGUUGUCAAAUGGAUGAUCUCGCUGGACCCGCAAAUACCAAAGAAAGCGUUUCGACUGGUCUACGAGCUGUUUAGAGUCUCCUGGCGAGCAAAUUUCGCCAUUGAGCCAAGCAUUUUAGCCCGUCUUGAGAAAAUAUCUAAUGGGACCUUGAAGUCGUUGCUGACUACGGGUGAAAGAGUGCUAUUGGAAACGUGGCUCUCCCAAAAUCGACAGGUGUUGGCAGGUGCUGAUAUACCUGGCCGACCACCGGACAUGGUUUUGGAAGAUACCUCUGUACCUGUUAUUGAUCUGGUCGGUUCGGAUGAUACAAGCCCCGAGGAUAAAGCCACUUCUUCUGCUCUUGGACCAAUGCAUGGCGUGCACAAACCACUAAAAGAGUCCUCUAAAAAUGCAUUGGGUGUAGGAAAGGCUACCCAUACAUCGGCUGAGGACCUGGCACUUCAAAAGACGAUAACAUCUCACUCCCAACCGACGACGGACCGAAAAGCUGCCUCGCAGAUGAAUUCGGCGCACCAAAGCUCUAUAGAUAAGUUUGUACUGAAAAGCAAUGUUCAGUCAGUAUGGGAGCAGCUUGCAGCCGACGCCCUACGCAAUCCUAUUUCUAGAGCUGGUACUGGAUUUUCCUUGGGAAAACCCUCCACAGCAAACAAAGCUGCAAAAACCAAAGGGCCGACAACCCUUUCCAAGCUGCAAAAGCUUAGACAGGAAACCGCCGAGAAAACCAAGCGGGCAACGCCACUCGUCGCAAAUGGUCUGUCCACGGGCAAGCCGCUGGUGCUCGCGCCGCAGCUUCCGACCCUUAAGCCCUCGCUUCCGGAAGUAACUAUAUUACCCUAUGAGCCUGAAGCCAGUAGCUUCUCUGCAUUUGACAAACCUACGCGCACGCAAAUGCUGGAGGACAAAGGCAGCCGGUCAACCGACGUGGUAAAAAGGGUGGGCACCUUAAUACGAACUCCAGGGAUUCAGCACCGCCCUAAGGCGCUCCGCGAUGUGAAGCAGCUGUACAAGUGCAUGCUAUCGUGGAAUCUCGAUAUGAGCGGCGACAGGCCACCGAAUUUUCAAUUGAAAUGCCGAAAGAUUCCUGAUUCCUUCAGAAACGAUGAGGAAUAUGCCAAAGUUUUCGAGCCGCUCGUCACUUUGGAGUGUUGGGAGCAACUCAUGCAGAGUAAAGAUAAUGUCAGCAACGAGGACGCGAUAACUGCGACGUUGGAGAACGUUCAGAUGGUUGAUGAGUUUCAUGAUCUGACAAUCACAGUUUCUAGCAGAGACAUUCGCUUGCGAGGCAUUGCGGAACUUGACGUGCUGCAGUUGAAGGAGAUGAUCUCUCCCAAGCUCGCGACUAGAACGAUUAACAGGUCAUUCCUUUGUAUAAUUCAGAAUGUGACAAUCAAGGGUGACGGUGGGACCAUAAUAGCCCGCGCAUGUAUUGGAAGUCGAGCAGAUCUGGUUCCCUCGAUACGAUUAGCAUCAAAAUGGCAGCUCACUCGAACCUUUUCCCUUACGACCACGUACCGCGAGUAUAUGAGCAUCGUUAACUUACCAAUGUUGCAUCUCCGGUCGGAAAUAUUACAACUAUCGACGUCGGAAAAGAUACCAGCUCGCGCAACUGAAGUUGAUGAUAUGAUGAAUAGGUUCGGCCUGAACGAGCCGCAGGCCGCAGCAAUAUCAGGGGCGCUUCAUCAGCAAUCUGGAUUUACGCUGAUUCAAGGCCCUCCUGGAACCGGAAAAACGAAAACUAUCUUGGGUCUUAUCAGCGCGUUUUUAACCGUAAAGCAAGGUCAAAUCAUUCCGGUACCUGGUCAAAAUCCUGGCCGGAAACAGCCUAUUCCAAAUAGCAAGAAAAAUAGGUUGCUCUGCUGUGCUCCAAGCAAUGCAGCCAUUGAUGAGAUUGUCCGGCGUUUGAAGCAAGGCAUUAGCAACGGGAAAGGUGGAACGUUCGUUCCACGGAUUGUUCGUUUAGGAAACUCUGAUUCCAUUCACUCGAGUGUCCGUGAUGUUACACUGGAUGCGAUAGUUGACCGAAUGCUCCAGGAGAGCGAUGAGUACCAGAAAUAUCUCACAAAGGCCCAAGAAGUAGACGUUAGAGACGAGGACAUACGGGCGGAAAUGGCUGUUCUCAGAGAUGAACGUGAAAGCUUGCGAGCUCAGGAAGCAGAUGACAAUGUGGACGGUCCUCAAGCGCAGGAUAUUCACGAAAAGAUAGCCGCCGUUACCAAGAAACUGGGAGCACUACACGAAAAGUUGACCGACGGAAAGCAGGCGCGAAGUACGACUGCGCUGGCCCGCGAUAAAUUUCGACGUCGCAUUCGGUUGAACCUUCUAACGGAUGCCGAUGUGAUUUUAAGUACACUCAGUGGCGCCGGACACGACGUUCUAGGGGACAUUAACAACUUGGAAUUUCCAACGGUCAUUGUGGACGAAGCUUGUCAGUCGGUUGAACUGAGCACGCUGAUUCCUUUACGCUACGGCGCUAAGAAGUGCAUUUUGGUCGGCGAUCCGAAUCAGCUUCCUCCAACUGUUAUAUCGCAGGUUGCUCAAGAGUACUCAUACGAACAAAGCCUUUUUCAGCGCAUUAUGAAGAAUAAUCCGGAGUGUGUACAUCUCCUGAGCAUCCAAUAUCGUAUGCAUCCUGCGAUAUCUCAAUUUCCAAGUAUUUGCUUUUAUGGAGCAAAGGUUCAAGACGCACCGGGAAUGGAAGAGUCAUGCACAGCACCAUGGCAUCGCGAUGAGUUGUUUCCUCCAUAUCGGCUGUACGACAUUCACAAUGGCCGGGAGGUCGGUGGAAAGGGGCAUUCCUACUAUAAUCCUCGUGAGGUGAAGCUUUGUGUUGAUCUGGUGGAGUCAUUGUGUGCUGGAUACCCAACAUAUAAUUUUGCUGGCAAAAUUGGAGUAAUCACUUUCUAUAAACUACAAGUGAGGAAGAUAAAAGAUGAGCUCAUCCGGCGAUGGUCUCGGGAUGUGCUACGAUACAUCGAUGUGAACACCGUUGAUGGGUUCCAGGGGCAAGAGAAGGAGGUGAUCAUCCUUUCAUGUGUUCGUGCGAAUGACGCGCAAGGCGUUGGAUUUAUUAGCGAUGCGCGUCGUAUGAAUGUCGCCUUGACUCGAUCCAAGUAUUCUCUGGUCAUUUUGGGAAAUGUGAAGACAUUGCGUACAAACAAAGCGUGGCGAAGUCUUGUGAGCAAUGCGGAUGAACGGAGGCUGAUCUCGAGAUCGCUCCCCUCCUUACCGGGGAAAGGAUACGGACCCCCGCCUCAGAAUAUUUUGAAGAAUCCUAGUAAUGCAAGCGGGCCUGAUAUGUCGGCACGACCUGACUCACGUACUGGAGCAUCGAAGCGACGCUGGGACUCGGAUGGCGAUGGACGAGAUGAUAUCAAGAGAUCUAGACAGAGUAGAUAAUCGUAGAUAGGUAAUGUAUUAUAUUUGUUGCUAGUGGUCUUCGCGGGUGGCAGAAUUGGGUGGGAUAUUUAAGGUUGAGGAACAUAAUUUAUAUCGUCAACAUCUUAGUAUUGAGAAAAUCAUGAGGGUGCUCUAUUCACUUCAUUGCCG